ACCAGCAGCACCACCACCAGCACCACAACCACCACCAGCAGCAGCACCACCACCAGCACCACCACCACCAGCAGCAGCACCACCACCACCAGCAGCACCACCACCAGCAGCACCACCACCACCAGCAGCAGCACCACCACCACCAGCACCACCAGCACCACAACCACCAGCAGCAGCACCACCACCACCAGCACCACCACCACCAGCACCACCACCACCACCAGCAGCACCACCACCAGCAGCACCACCACCACCACCACCAGCAGCAGCACCACCACCAGCAGCACCACCACCACAACCACCACCAGUAGCAGCACCACCACCACCACCACCACAACCACCAGCAUCACAACCACCACCAGCAGCACCACCAGCAACAGCACCACCACCUGCACCACAACCACCACCAGCACCACAACCACCACCAGCAGCACCACCACCAGCAGUACCACCACCACCAGCAGCACCACCACCACCAGCAGCACCACCAGUACCACAACCACCAGCAGCAGCACCACAACCACCACCAGCAGCACCACCACCAGCACCAGCGGCACCACCAGCACCAAAACCACCACCAGCAGCACCACCACCAGCAGCACCACUACCAGCACCACAACCACCACCAGCAGCACCAGCACCACCACCAGCAGCAGCACCACCAGCAUCACCACCAGCACAACCACCACCAGCAGCAGCACCACCAGCAUCACCAGCACCACCACCAGCACCACCAGCACCACAACCACCAGCACCACAACCACCACCACCAGCAGCACCACCACCACCAGCAGCACCACCAGUACCACAACCACCACCAGCAGCACCACUACCAGCACCACCAGCACCACAACCACCAGCAUCACCACCACCAGCACAACCACCACCAACACCACCACCAGUAGCAGCACCACCAGCAUCACCAGCACCACCACCAGCACCACCAGCACCACAACCACCAGCACCACCACCAGCAUCACCAGCACCACCACCAGCACCACCAGCACCACAACCACCAGCACCACCACCACCAGCACCACCAGCACCACAACCACCAGCACCACCACCAGUAUCAGCAAGCAACGCAGACGGUACGCCGACCGGUUGCCGAAGCUGCUGCCAAACCUCGCCACCGACCGCUAUUGCUCCAUCCCUGUGCGAUCCGUCAACCCCUCGUCUGAGGCAUCGGAGCACACAGCCGUGCGAACUCUCGCUCCCGUGUGGUUAGAGCGCAAAUCUCGCGAGACGCGGCACCGCGGUUCCCGCAAGGAGAAUCUCGCCCAGUAG